CGCGUGUGUUCGUGAUUUGUUUACACGUGUGCACUGUGCAGACGAUAUAGCACUCGGCGCGCCGCGUCGUGUGCAGGCACAUUCGAAUCGCGUCCCGGGCACGACGCUUCGACGAUUCUUCGCGCGCAGGGGGACGUCGCUCUUUUUUCUUCGAAUUAAGAUGGUACCGUUGUAUCUGUGGAGUACAUUGGUUAUCGCGGCAUUUGGUAACGCACUCGAGAUUCACAAUCGCAUGACGGCCGACGAGGUCAGAUCGACUUUUUCAACGGCCAAUCACGACGAGAUUCCCGAGUACGACGUGGUGCCCGUUUCGCACGCCGUGCACGAGAGGAGCCCGGAGGGUGGCGGCGACCACGAGUACAGAAUCUUGCAGAUACGCGCGCUGAGCCGCGACAUCAAGCUGUACCUCGAGCCGUCCAAGGGUAUUCUGGCCUCGAACAACACUCCGAUCUGGUUCGUCAAAGGCGGCGACAGGUCCUCACCGCUCGGACUCAGAUACCGGCGCAUUCGUAACGCUUUUCAAGAUAUGGAUCGAUACUAUCAAGAUCCGAAUAAUUUAGCGGCUCUGAAGACGAGCUACGACGACGACGGCCAGAUGCUCUUCGAGGGUACCAUUGGCGACGAUCUUGUCAUUCGUCCUCUGCCGGCAAGGUUACGCGGCGAGAUCUCAAGAUCGAGGCGCAGCGUCGUCGCCGUCACGACGCAGCUUCCGCAAUCCAAUCGCACGGUUAUUCAUCCGGCGCUCAGGCGCACGCACUAUCACGUCGUGUUCAAGAAGAAAACGCCGCGGCUCGGUCGCGCGAGAGACGAAACGAAAAGAAAAAAAUCCAGUCGUUCGAAGCGCGACGCGAAGAGGAAGAAGCCGAAAAUCGCCUAUCCUCAAGUACUCGUGGUGCUGGAUUACGACGAGCAGGCUUCGCUCCAGCCGAUCGACGAAUUGAAGAGUUACAUACUGUCCUACUGGAACGCCGUCGAUCUGAGAUUUCGCGUGUUCUCGGAUCCGGAGAUAAGACUGAACUUGGCCGGUGUCGUCGUGGCGAAGAAUCCAACGGGCGUACCUUACAUACAAAAGCACCGGGUGGGAUCGAGAACGAGUCCGAACUUCGACGCGGACGAGGCCCUCGACGACAUGGCCAGGUACUACUACCGCGAGCUGAUGGACGACGGCCUGCACAGAUUCGUCCUGGACCGAGAUUUCGACCUGGUCGUGGUCAUGACGAGCUUGAACCUGUGCCAUCGCGAUCCGUUCGGAGGGACGCUGGACUGCGAGGCGGCCGGUUACGCGUACCGCGGCGGCGCCUGCUCGGUCAGUCUCAAGGACAAGAUGGUGAGAGCCGUGGGCAUGGUCGAGGACAACGGGGGCUACGUGGGAAUCGUGCCGACCGCCCACGAGGUCGGCCACUUAUUAGGAAUACCGCACGACGGACACGAGCAGCCGGACAAGACCUUCUGCCCCGAGGCCGAGGGCUACAUAAUGACGGGCAUGAUGCUGCUCACGAACAACAUCUUCAAGUGGUCGCAGUGCAGCAUGGAACACUUUCAGGACUUUUUCGACUCGCCGAGAUCCGAGUGCGUGUUCGACCGACCGGCGGGAGUCGCGCUGCCUCGGGUGCUACCGGGCAAGAUUCUCUCCUUGGACGAGCAGUGCGACAGAAUCUCCGGCACCUAUGCGUGCGAAAAAAAUGAGUCGGUCUGCGUGCAUUUGGAGUGCUACACGGACGACGGCUGCUCGUCUCUCGCGCCGGCCGCGGAAGGAUCGCCUUGCGGCGCGAAUCACCAUUGCAUCAAUGGAAAGUGCGUCGACAAGCAGGCGAAGAAGAUCGAUCUGGACUUUGCCCCGCCGCCCUCGCCGGACGAACACGUCGACGUGGCGUUACUUCCGCGUUUCGCCGUCGAGAGGAGCUGAACUGUAUACGUAGAUAAUAAAUUUUUACAUUUUGUAAAUAUCAAUCGACGUUUCUUCGGUUCAUUUUCGACUUGCACGAGACACAGCGCGACGCAUUGGAUUGUUUUACAAUUCGAUCGAUGAAUAACGCGCGAGUU